ACCUUUUCUCCUUGACCGCCUUCCCUCCCUGCGUGGCUACAAAGAGUAACCACGAUGCACGGCGAAGAAUGCUCUUCCCGCCGUCCCUAGUACAACACACCCAUCCAAUUCAAUUCGUGAUUCGUUGGUUCCAUUUGAGGGUCAAAGCAUCGUUCCUUUUCUCUUGGGCCCUUUCUCUUACCCUGCCUGGCUUGUACUUUUGCAAUUUACAACAGAUUCGCAAAAGCCGCAAUCUCACCGCAUCCACUGGAAGUCCGCCCGGCCCCCCUUAUGCAGACUAUUAUCAGCUGUACUCUGUACUCCCGAUCUUGUGUUGCUGGCCCCAUAGUCGUUUUAACGAUCAUGAUGCCUGUUCAAUGACAAACACGAUUCAGUUGAUGCCGUAAUCACUGGAGUACACUCGGAUGUGUAGUAGGCAAAAGAGCGUGUGAUGUUCAGGGUAUUAUCCUCAAUCGAGGAAGCGACCACCCUCGAGUUGAGUCGUUAUUUCAACUAAAAGUGUGCAUGCGGGAGAUGAUUCAUAGCAGAUACAAGUGAAUGCAUAUCCACGCGACCCGCAUCGCCCGAGUUAGUUUUUGUAGUUUCUCGAAUCUCAACUAGCUUCACGUUAUGUGCUUCAACAUGGUGG